AUGCAUCUGUCUUCCUCCCUUCUCUUCACCUCGGCCCUUCUUGCCGGGGGUAUCAAUGCCUCUCCUGCGACCAACGCCUACCGCCGCCAGGGGGCGGACAUGAGAACCAUUAUUGGUGACACUACCCCGGUACUGUCCAACACCACCGCGGUGCACUUCCCCGGUUCGGGAGACUUCUUCAGUGUCACGGAGCGUUGGGACGUCUACCGCCCGCCCUCGUACCAGGCCGCCAUCACGCCCACCACCGAGGCUGAUAUCGUGUCCUUGGUUAAGAUGGCUAAGCAGCACAACAUCCCCUUCCUUGCUACUGGUGGCCGCCACGGCUAUGGUACUUCCCUUGGCAAAUGUCAGGAAGGUCUGGCCAUCGACCUCAGCCACUUCAAGGAUGUCAAGAUUGACAAGCAACGUGAAACUGUAACCAUCGGCCCCGGUGUCGUGUUCGCUGAUGUCUUCCCGGUUGUUUCUGAUGCUGGCUAUCAAGUCCAGACUGGUACCUGCAGCUGCGUUGGCAUGAUUGGCGCCACCAUUGGCGCCGGAAUUGGCCGUCUUGACGGUGUUCACGGUCUAGUCAUUGAUGCUCUCGAGUCCGUCCGCAUGGUCACUGCCAACGGCGACAUUGUCGAGGCCUCCAAGACCAAGAACCCUGAACUCUUCUGGGGUAUUCGUGGUGCCGGUGCCAACUUUGGCAUCAUUACCCAGGCUACCUACAAGAUGCACAAGUCCAUGGGUGACAUCAUCAGCUUCGAUCUCAUCUACGAGCCCGAGCAGAACGUCACUCUCUUCAACACCGUCGCCAACAUGUACCUCCCGCCCAGCCUGACCGUCGAGACCAUCAUGUCCUACAACCAGACCACCGAGAAGCCCACCAUUAUCGUCAGCAGCACCUACGCCGGCGGCUCCGAGGCCGAGGCCCGCAGGUGGAUGCAGCCGCUCCUUCGUUUGAACCCCUGGUACAAGGACAUCAAGGCCAUCCCUUGGAAGAGGAUGAGCAAGGAAACUGCCCUGGGUUUGGACAAGGAGGUCUGCGCCAACUCUCAGGUCUUCGACAUCUACGGUGUCAACCUCCGCCGUCACGACGCCAACACCUGGGUCAAGACCUUCAACAAGCUCGCCAAGUUCUGGAACGAGCAGCCCGCCGCACAAUCCUCCGCCGUUGUCCUUGAGACCUGGCCCAACCAAGCCGUCGUCGCCGUGCCUGACUCCGAGACUGCCUACCCCUGGAGAGACGCUACCACCUAUGUCAUGAUCCAGAUGCGCUGGGACGCCCCCGGUAACCCAGUUGAGACCGUCGCUGACGCCAUGGGUCGCGAGCUCCGCAACGACUACGCCAAGACCUCGGGUUACAACGGCCUCACCGUCUACGUCAACUACGCCCACGGCGACGAGACUCCCGAGCAAAUGUACGGCCGCAACAAGCUCCACCGUCUUGCGAAGCUCAAGAAGCAGUAUGACCCUUCGUCCGUCUUUGGAUUCCACAACCCCCUUCCUACUAGCUACCCUUAA